AUGGCCGAUCAAAACUUAGCACUGCAGAUCUACCAGAGCAUUGUGGGAAUCGUUGGGACCUGCGGCAACGGUUUGGCGUGUCUGGUGAUCGCUCGAGUCCGCUUCAUGCACACCCUGACCAACGCCUUCAUCUUCAACCAAGCCCUGAUCGAUCUUCUGGGGUCGUUUGUGGUUGUUGUGGACAGCCUCGUACCGGUCCCCGACCCGCUACCAAGAGGGACCAUUGGGGUGCUGGUCUGUAGACUUUGGCUGUCGGGAUACUUCAAGUGGGCCUUGUUCGUCUCGUCCACUUUCAACUUGGAAGCCUUGACUUUAGAGAGGUAUCUGGCCAUAGUGUUCCCCUUUAGGUACCAAGUGCUUGGCACUCGCAAGAACGCCACGAUAGUCUUACUCGCCGUUUGGCUGUCGGCGUUUGUAUUCGUUAGUUACAACAUCGCCAUGCAGUAUGUGGAAGCUGGUCAAUGCAAAAUGACACUGUUGCCAAAUCAGCAAGUCCUUGUCGUUGCAUUGGUCAUCGUGUUAUACCUGCUACCCGUUAUUGUCAUGUUCUUCGUCUACGCCCACAUUACCGUUGUUUUGAAGAGAGGAGCUGGCAGAAUUCAACCCGGACCGACAGCUGCAGGUCCUUCUACCGUCUCAGUUCCAGAGAGCCAGGGGGCGUCGCUGAUGCGAGCUCGCCGUAACACCUUCAAGACCCUCCUGUUGGUCUCCUUGGCGUUCAUCGUUUGCUGGACACCGAACUCGAUCAUCUCCAUCCUCCUCACCUUUGGCACGCCCAUAGACUUCACCUCUGUUGUCUACAUCCUGUCUGUUGCCAUGGUUGCCACAAAUUGCUGUGUCAACCCAUUCGUCUAUGCCUUCAAGUACAAGCAAUUCCGCAAGGCUCUGAAAGAACUCCUAGGUAGAAAUUAUCCAACUAGUGAUGGAUCUUCGGUCGCUGUUCUGAGAGUUCGCACGGAUAUAUAG